CAAGCCCAUAACGUUAUUGUUGCAACACGUGCUGAAGCCUGUCCUGGGUCUUGACUUUUUAUAUUCAACCAAACAAAGGAGCAAACAAUCAUUGACUAACCAAUAUGGGUAAACCAAAGAAGGCCAAUGUGGCAACAAUAAAGAAUGUCAGCCUGGAGAAGCAAAUUACAGAGGGUAAAGUUUCCAAAUCGAAAAAGGACAAAGUCAAAUUGCGUACUGAAGAGUCACCGAAUAUAGAUGCCAAGAGUAGUCAAAAAAUUCUGGCAGCAGCCAAGUUACAACAAUUGGAGCUGGACGAGGAGAACUUUCCCAGUUUGGUUACACCAAGAAAAGUAAAUUUUAAUUUGUCUGAUGGACAUCAGGCUGGUGAUGUUGAAGAAGAUGUGAAUGAAACGGAUUUUAUGGCCGAUUUGGGCAUGGAUGAUGAGGAUGUAGCCGCCUUUGAACGUUUCCAGCAACAUUCAACGGACUCACAUGAGGGCAAGCGUACCUUGCAUCUAUCCAAAAUGAUAAUGCAAAAGAUUCAAGAGAAAGAAGCCGAUAUACAUACGAAAAUCUCCGAUGAGGGCUCCCUAAAAAUCGAAGAGAUUGAUCCAAAAGUGAAAGAAAUGUAUGAAGGAGUGCGAGAUGUACUGAAACGUUAUCGUAGCGGCAAAAUCCCAAAGGCCUUCAAAAUUAUACCGAAACUAAGGAAUUGGGAGCAAAUUCUAUUUAUUACAGAGCCACAUAAUUGGACGGCAGCUGCCAUGUUUCAGGGUACACGAAUCUUUUGUUCGGUUCUCUCGCAGGCAAUGGCUCAGCGUUUCUAUAAUUUAGUUUUAUUGCCUCGUAUUCGUGAUGAUCUAUGCGAGUACAAGAAGCUCAAUAUGCAUCUAUAUAAUGCUCUGAAGCGGGCUCUCUUCAAACCAGCUGCCUUCAUGAAGGGCAUUAUUCUGCCCUUGCUCGAGGCCGGUGAUUGUAAUCUCCGCGAGGCCAUUAUCUUUGGCAGUGUGGUGGCACGAAGUUCCAUACCUGUGCUUCAUUCCUCUGCCUGUUUAUUAAAAAUCUGUGAGAUGAGUUAUUCGGGCGCGAAUUCAAUAUUUAUACGUUACUUUCUUGACAAGCGUUAUGCUCUGCCAUAUCGUGUCGUCGAUGCGGCUGUCUUUCAUUUUCUACGUUUCGAGACCGACAGACGUGAAUUGCCAGUACUAUGGCAUCAGAGUUUGCUAACAUUUUCCCAGAGAUACAAGAAUGAUAUAUCUUCCGAGCAAAAAGAGGCCCUGCUGCAGCUAAUAAAAAAGAAAUCUCAUCCGAAAAUUACACCAGAUAUUAGACGAGAAUUGCAAUCCGCCCAUUGCCGGGAUGUCGAAAUGAUGGAGACCGAUAACAAUAAGGCCCAGGAGCCCAUACAAAUGUACACAGAUGCCGAUGUGGGCUAUGAGGGUUAAGAAACUAUAGAUUCAAGAGUUCAUUAUAGAAAUGUUAUGUAAAUACAAAAAAAAAAAUAUACUUAUUUGCUUAUAUAGUUAUUCUCUUUAA